UUGGAUUUGUCAGUUUCUCUUCCUGUAGUUACAUUUUUUUUCUGCAUCAGGGCUGACUUGAAAUGUGUGAGGUUUAUUAUUUGUUUUGUGAUUAUUAUAGGCAGUUGAUUGGUGGAGUUUAGGAGUACUCAUGUACGAGCUUCUCACUGGAGCAUCACCCUUCACUGUUGAUGGAGAGAAAAAUAGUCAAUCUGAAAUUUCCAAACGAAUUCUCUACAACAGUCCACCAAUGCCCCCUGAUAUCUCAAGAGAAGUAACAGACUUGCUUCUCAAGCUAUUACAGAAAGACCCAAAAUUGCGACUUGGAGCUAAGGGUGCUCACGAGAUUCAAGCCCAUCCUUUCUUCAAGGUACACGGCCUUAACUGGAAUCUCCUGGCUCAAAAGAAGAUCGCAGCACCCUUUAAGCCUCGAAUAGGGGAUGAAUUGGAUGUCAGUAAUUUUGCUGAAGAGUUCACAGACAUGGUACCAACAUAUUCACCAGCUGCUGUUCCAAAGACAGCAGACAGAAUUUUCAAGGGAUAUUCAUUUGUAGCUCCAUCAAUCAUAUUUGGAGAAAAUGAGUUUACAAAGCGUUUGGUUGCCAAUAAACCAAAUGAGCACAGACCAGCCCCUGGUGCUGUAGAUUAUGCAGCAUUAUUUGAGGAUUCACCUUUCUUUCAAAACUAUGCUAUAAGUGAUGAAGUUCUUGGUGAUGGAAGUUUCUCAACUUGUAGGAAAUGUGUUCACAUACGAACUGGAGUACCUUUCGCUGUGAAAGUUAUAAGUAGAAGACGUGACCACAUAAGAGAGGAACAGUCAUUAAGAAUAUGUCAAGGUCAUCCCAACAUAGUCAGACUACAGGAAGUGUUUCAGGAUGAUUUCCAUACAUAUUUAGUUUUGGAAUUACUUGGUGGUGGAGAGCUCUUAGAAAGAAUACGAAAAAAGAAAAAUUUCAAUGAGGUGGAAGCCAGCCACAUUAUUAGGAAACUAGCUUCUGCUGUGGAAUUCAUGCACGGCCGAGGAGUUGUACAUAGAGAUCUUAAACCUGAGAAUUUGCUGUUUGUAGAUAAUUCAGACAAUGCAGAAUUGAAAAUUGUUGACUUUGGCUUUGCAAGACUAAAGCCUGAAAAUCAACCAUUACAAACACCUUGUUUCACUGCUGCUUAUGCUGCUCCUGAAGUGAUUAGUCAGACUGUGAAUCGAAGUGGCUAUGAUGAAUCAUGCGACUUGUGGAGUCUUGGUGUUAUCAUGUACACCAUGCUGUCUGGUCAGGUACCAUUCCAGAGCAGUCGUAGUUUUCGAUCAGCAGAUUUUAUAAUGCAAAGAAUCACGCAAGGGGACAUCCGAUUUGAAGGGCAACAGUGGGAAUCGAUAUCUCCAGCAGCAAAGGACCUUAUCAAAGGACUUCUAACAGUGGAUCCUAGCCAGAGGCUAAAAGUAAGAGAAGUUGUUCACCAUGAAUGGUUAAGGGGAAGUACCUGUUUGCCACAUACUCCACUCAUGACCCCUGGCAUUUUGGGUAAAGGACAUAAAAGGACUUAUGUGGAAUCUGCACUUAAUGUAACAUACGAUGCUUUUAACAGAGCACACAAAGAAGGAUUUACACUAAUGGAUGUUCAACAAGCGCCACUUGCUAAACGACGGAAAAAAAACAAGACAACAUCGACAGACAGUAGAUCUACUACAAGUAGUGAUCUUAGCAACAGCGGAGGAACGUCACCUUUGUUAAAUCCAAGAUGACAAGGUGAACUGAAGGGUAAUUGAAUUGACGUAGUCGACAAUGAAUAGUAAAAUAAAUUGACUGUAGAUAUGUGUGGUACACUUCAAGUGAGACAAGAGUAAUUGUAUAAGCAGGAUAGAUUUGCAAUGUUAAUAAUACUUAUUAUGAUAACGAACAAAGAUGAUAUAUUAUUAUCAAGUUCACCGGGGAAUCUAACAGCCACGUACAGUUCUGUUCUAGUGGGCGUUAACUUAAUUUAUUGCAUGAUUUGAAUAUUAGGUGUACAUUAGUUCUCAUUUCCAAUUUAAAAUUUUCUAGACAAAAUGUCAAUAAUGAUUAUUAUUUCCAAUAAUACACCAGCAGAUUUUGAAUAGUUUACUUAAGUUUAUAUAAGUCAUUGUUGGGAUUGUGUACUUUUACUCUUGCUUUUUGAAGACAAUAUCAAAUUAACACAGAAUUAUAUAGUGCUUUAAUUUAUGAAUGUAAUCAUACAUUUAACUAGUUUAUUGUUGGUUUGUCCCAGAAGAGCUAGUUAAGGUGUUGCUUACAAUUUCACAAGGUACACAUGAGAAAAAAAUCAUGUAGAUUUACAAAAUUAAUGAAGUCAUAAUAUAAUACCUUCCAAAGUAAUGACUAAUCACACACUCACUCUUCAAAUGUAAUUUGCAGGUAACAUUUUGCAAACCCUGUUUCUAGCAUAAAUUGGCCAAAAAAUUCAACGCAAUGCAAGUAUUUUUAGAUAGUUCACCGCUGUGCCUAACUUAAAAAAAACAUUUUACCUGUAAAACUUUUAAGACCAACCAAUGGAUUUUUUAUUGCCCUUAUGACAACCUUACAUCAUUAGUUAAGGUUAAAUUCUUACUUUCAACAAGUAAUUUGAUAUAAUUUGUAAAAUAGUGGUGAGGUACACGUACCAGGUAUUUUGUUGAGUAACACAUGGUGCUCAGUGGGUGAAAAUUAAUUUUGUGGGACUUUUGCAAGAGUCAUGAAUUUUCACCUUGGUAAAAAUUUCUUCCCAGGACAAGUAAUAUAAUAUUUUAGUUGACGUAGAUGUUGCUUACACAAUCUUUACCCAGGUGAAUGUAUUACAUUAGCGUGAUCUUGAAUUCAUCCUGGGAGAAAACUGUUAUCAGUUAUCCUCCAGGGAAUCAUGUUUGUAAGCAAUCGACAAAGAAAUAGUUCAAUAAGUUACAGUGAGAGGAGAAUUAAAUCCUUUCUGUUGGUGAAAUGUUACUUUAGAAGCAUUUUAAGAGAUUCCAUUGUAAGAUUUAGAAAAAAACUGUAACCAAGCAGUCAUAAUUGGCAACAAGUAAACAACAUUUGGGAAUAGCCCUUUUUACAGUUUGUUUGUUUGUUUGUUUGUUUUUCAGUGUAAUCCAACAUGGAUGCGAGGCAAGUUGGGGCUUUAAGUUCAAAAUGGCCCGAAAUUCCCUCAUUCAUGCUUGAUUAUAUUGUCAGUAGUGAAAAGUUAACUGUGAAAAGGGGUAUUGAAACUCAUCCGAAGCCUAAAUUUUGAUGGAUAUGCUUUUUAAGUGAGCACGGUGUGCUUGGAAGUUUUUAUUUAUUUCUUAUCCUUGUUAUAAUUACUGUAAGAAUUAUUUUUGUAAGAAAAUGUAAAAAGACUACUAACAGCACUAAUUAAAUAAGUGGCUGUUUUUUAACGUAGCUUGGUUUUGGCAGGGGGUGUUGUUUUUAGAAAAAUAGAGAUCAUUUAAAAUUAGAACAAACUGUUUUUAUGUAGUAAUUGAUAGUUGUGUAUCUGUGCUAACAGCCUUCUUUGGUUGUUGCCGCUUGCACAAGAAAUAAAAUGGCAAUAGCUGCUUUUGCAAGCUUGAAAGCAGCUUUCACAGAGCACUGCCAGUUGUUUGUAGCAGGGUUAAACAAUUGAUGUCAUCUGGGAACAAAGUAGAUUCUUUUGAACUAGGGUUUAUUGCACAUAAGGUCUUAUGACAAAGCAAUAAUCAUAAUUUUCUAAAAUAAUAAUUAUUGCUAGUCCUCCAUCAGUACAUUAAAUCCAGUGGUCACAGCUAUAUCCACAUAGUUUAUUUCAGUAACUUACAGCUGUGUUGCUGGGCGAGAAUUUUAUGGGUGAAUUGUUGUAAUUAAUCUUCCUUUUUAUAGGCAAUCUAAAUCUGGGCCGGGUUGUUUAAAAUAUGGAUCACACUAUCCGUGGGAUAAAUCACUAUUCAGUGGAUAGUGCUAGCACGAUUUGAUUUGUUAACACUUAUCUACUGGUUAGUAAUUUAUACAGUAGAUAGCAUUCUCCACCUUUUAAACAACCCAGGCUUAGAGUACACGGUCACUAUUAUUGAUUGCAUGCCCUUUGACCCUGUUAUGAGGUCACAAUUAUAACUCAUUCAUCUUUACAAUUCUCCCUUCUUGCCUGAACAAAUGCCUGGAUCUGCCCCCGUAAAAGACUGCUACCAUUGAUAGUAUAUUAGGAAUAGAGAGUGAAUGAAUGAUUUCUUUGAACAUUGUGCACUUUAUAAUUAAGGAGUGAGUACAAUACUGUUUGACCUGGAAAGUGGAGUGUGGUUGGUUUGGGAUGAUGCAUACCCUGAAGGUUUGUAAUUGUGGUUUUGUCUUCAGGGUAUGUAUUUGAUAGGUGGGAGGUGGCUAACAAUAUUAGUGUGAAUAAAAAGGUUGCUAAUUAUCAAGAUUGGAAAUAGAGUAACUUAUUGUACAUAUAAUGGCACAGAAAUACUAGACUCAAAAAUAAACGAAGCUUUCAAAAAGCUUCAAACUCAGAAUAUCAA